AUGGAAAUAUCCGCGAAUUCCACCACUGCGUCUCUGGAUAGCCGCCAGGAAGGUGAUCUUGCCCUAAUGAAGCAUGGCCUUGUAAAAGCAAGCGGCCUUGAAUCGAGCCCAUCUACUCCAAAUCCAUCCCCAAGCAUCAGCUCUCUAUCAAGACCGACGCCCCAGCAUUCUCGUUCCAAUGAGCGGUUCGAGGCCAUCCUCAGUAUUGGUGGGAUGACUUGUGCAUCUUGUACAAGCGCCAUUGAUAAUGGCCUGUCUUCCAAGGUAUUACCGUUUGUUGAAUCCGUCAAUGUGACAUUGAUGACAAACAGUGCGCGGGUGGUUUUUCAAGGAGAAGAGAACCUGCAGAAGAUCGUCGAUACCAUAGAGGAUCUGGGUUACGACGCUGCCGUACAGCGUUGCGGUGUGAUCAACGCUCAGUCAAAGGAGGUAAAAAGCAAAAUGAAAGAAAGCCAAAGGACGGUGAUGCUGAAGAUAGAUGGCAUGUAUUGCAAACAUUGCACACCCCGAAUUUAUAAAGCGAUCAAGACCAAUUACUCGGGAGCGGUCACCAUCGACAAACCGCCAACGUUGAAGGAUCCCGUCAUGAUAGUCAACUACUCACCUUCUCCGCCUAGCAUCACAAUCAGACACAUCAUCGUUACGAUCAAAUCUGUGGACGAGUCAUUCAACGUCGAAAUUUACACCCCGCCGUCAAUAGAACAAAGGUCUCAAGCCAUGCAGAAGCACGAGCAGUAUCGACUUCUAAUUCGUCUCGUCCUUAGCUUUGUGGUCGCCAUCCCCACAUUGUUGAUAGGAGUGGUGUGGAUGAGCCUAGUGCCGGCGUCCAAUAAGGUCAGACGAUUCUUCGAGCAAGCAGAGUGGGCUGGGACUGUCACUCGUGCUGAUUGGGCUAUGUUCAUUCUGGCGACACCAGUCUUCUUCCUCGCUGCGGAUGUUUUUCACCUGCGCGCUAUUAAGGAGAUACGUGCGCUGUGGCGAAAAGGGAGUAGGGUACCUAUUUAUCAGAGGUUUUACCGCUUCGGCAGUAUGAACUUGCUCGUCUCUGCAGGCACGUCAAUAGCAUAUCUCGCUUCCGUUGCAGUGCUUGGGAUCAACGCCACGACGAGAUCUAAGUCUCUUGGCUCAAAUUCAACAUAUUUUGAUUCUGUCGUUUUUUUAACCUUCUUCAUUCUUAUUGGACGAUACUUAGAAGCUUACAGCAAGGCUAAAACGGGUAACGCUAUUGGGUUGCUGGGGAACCUCCGGCCACGAGAGGCAGUGCUUGCCACAUCUUUAGAGGAAACAAUGCCUGUCGAAGCAGCUUCGGGAGACAGAAACGAAAAGCAGAGAGAAAGCACAUCGCCAACUGAUUCCGAACGAAUUGAUGCGAAUCUUCUAGAAGUAGGAGACAUCGUAAUGGUCCCACAUGGAUCAUCCCCACCCGCAGACGGAACAAUAACAGAAGGCUCCACUGAUUUUAAUGAGAGUUCUCUGACGGGCGAAGCCAGGGCCGUAACCAAGUGCCAGGGUGAAAGGGUCUAUGUUGGAGCUAUCAAUAUUGGAAAUGCCAUCACUGUCAGAGUCACGGACGUCGGUGGUAGCUCCAUGCUCGACCAGAUAGUGGCUGUUGUCCGUGAAGGUCAGACCAAGCGUGCGCCCGUCGAACGAGUAGUCGAUAUCGUGACUGGCUACUUUGUGCCAGUCAUCACUGCCCUAGCGAUCAUUACAUUCGUCAUUUGGCUCUCACUUGGUGAGUCAGGAGCUCUGUCCCACAACUACCUUGGUCGACAGCAAGGAGGUUGGGCUUUUUGGAGCCUCGAAUUUGCGAUUGCAGUUUUUGUUGUAGCAUGUCCUUGUGGAAUUGGUCUUGCAGCUCCGACGGCGCUCUUUGUGGGAAGUGGUCUGGCAGCAAGCCACGGCAUACUUGUUCGUGGAGGAGGCGAGGCCUUCCAGGAGGCCAGCAAAAUCGAUGCGGUGGUCUUCGACAAGACAGGCACACUUACCGAAGGCGGAGAUAUCAAUGUCACUGAUCAUGAGAUGCUUUAUGAAGACAGAGAAGGACGCAUUGCUUGGGCGGUCACUAAGGCUUUGGAAGAGCCGAGUUCGCAUCCACUGGCUCGCGCCAUUCUCGCAUGUGCCUCCACGCAACCUUCUGAGACGAUCCGCACGGUCAAUGGAAUCAAUGAAGAGCCAGGUCGUGGCAUGCGUGGCACGUUUCUCAGCUCCGAUACGUCACAAGACUCAGACUCGGGAAUUUACGAAGCAGCUCUUGGCUCCGAAGCCCUCAUAUCCUCUCUCAUCUCCGACACUCUCACACCCAACUACUUCACUAACACCACACUCUCCCGCUGGAAGUCCGAAUCAAAAUCCGUCGCCCUUCUCGCCAUGCGCCGAAUCCAUGGGUCCAGCGAUCCUGCCUGUGUCGAGGUCUUCUCGGACAGCCAAACACCAUGGACCAUUGCAGCCAUCUUUGCCACCUCUGAUCCUGUUCGUCCCUCCGCCGCUCCUACUAUCUCAGCUCUCCAGUCUAGAGGCAUACCAGUCUACAUGCUCACUGGUGACAACCCAACGACUGCUUCCGCAGUAGCGAGCACCCUUUCCAUCCCCCAAGAUCAUGUCUUCGCAGGCGUCUUACCUACGGAGAAAGCGAGCAAGAUCCGCUCGUUACAGGAAAAUGGACCUCGUCGACAAGGUUCUUCUACAUGGCUUAAGAAACUCUUGGAGAAGAAAGGGUCCGACGAAAAGGAAAAAGAGAGGGCCAUAGUCGCGUUCAUCGGCGACGGCAUCAAUGACGCCCCUGCCCUCACCAUCGCCGACGUCUCCAUCUCCCUUUCUUCCGCUUCCGACAUCGCUAUGCAUAGCUCAUCAUUCAUCCUGCUCUCCUCUUCCCUAGAUUCCGUCAUCACCCUCUUUGACCUCUCGUCAAGGGUGUUCAGAAGGGUCAAGUUCAACUUCGGCUGGGCGGUCAUUUACAACAUCAUCCUCGUGCCAAUCGCAGCCGGAGUGCUUUUCAAGGUCAAGAGUGAGGGAUGGAGACUAGGUCCCGUUUGGGGCAGUGCUGCCAUGGCUCUGAGCAGUCUGUGUGUUGUGGGAAGCAGCUUGGCGCUGAGGUGGGAAGGGGCAUGGUUGGAUAUGUUCAAGAGAAGGAAGGCGGUUGCCCGUGAAGAGUAA